AUCGACCUGAACUUCUCGCGCAUGCGCAAUCCCCAACGGAGUGACAGAGGCACGAUGGCUGCAGAAAGUCCUUUGCUGCUGUCUCUGGUGGAGGAAUUUGUCUCAGGACUUCAGGACAGCAAGGCGAAGGAUACUGCGACAGCUGUCAAAGAUGGACAGUUUACCGUCCUGCAGCUGGUGGAGGCACUCGGGCCGAGCCUUACCAGCUCCCAGCCUCACACUCGGGCCCGAGGGGUCCAGCUGCUCUCUGAGGUCCUGCAGGACAACUGCGGGGCUCUAACAGAGAGAGAAGUCGAACUGCUCCUGGCCUUCUACGAAAACCGCCUGAAGGACCACUACGUCAUCACGCCGCCGGUGUUGCGAGGGCUGCUGGCGCUGACUAAAUCCAGGAAGCUGCCUCCUGGUUCAGCUGUGUCGAUGCUGAGGUCUGUGUUUCAGGAUGUUCACGUACAGUCUCUGAUGCUUGCAGAGAGAGCGUGUGUCUACAACAUGCUCAUCAACCUCAUGGAAAGCAGGGAAGACGAACUGAAGGGUUUGGGCGCAGAUUUUGUUUUUGGUUUCGUCCAAUCAAUGGACGGCGAGAGGGAUCCCCGCAACCUACUACUGGCCUUCCAGAUCGCCAGAAACAUCCUUCUGCGGGGAUACAACAUGGGCAAAUUCACCGAGGAGCUGUUUGAAGUGACGUCCUGCUACUUCCCCAUAGAUUUCUCCCCGCCACCCAACGACCCCCAUGGCAUCACCAAAGAGGAAUUGACCCAGGCGCUGAGGGCCGUCCUCACCGGGACCCCCAAGUUUGCAAAGUUCCUGCUGCCGCUCAUCAUCGAGAAGCUGGACUCAGACGUCCAGAGCGCCAAGCUGGACUCGCUGCAGACCCUAGCUGCCAGUGUGGGACAGUAUGAGCACAGAGACUUGGCUGAGUUCCUGGAGGGACUGUGGAGCUCGCUGCGCAGAGAGGUGUUUCAGACAUCCAGCGAGAAAAUCGAGGCGGCAGGCCUCGCCGCCGUCGCCGCACUCACUUCCUGUCUCUCUCGCUCUGUUCUCAACUCUGACUCUGAAGACUCCCUCAGCUCCUUCCUGGGUCUGGUGCUCAGAGACUGUAAGCACCACCUGUUUGAGCCCGACUUGAAGCUGGUGUGGCCCAGCGCUAAGCUACUGCAGGCCGCCUGCAACGCCUCCUACAGGGCGGCCCACAGCAUUACAAGUGCUGUCGUGCCCCCUCUAGUGGAGCAGUAUAACAGCAGAACGCAGUGUUCCCACAGGCGGACGCUGCUGGAGGUGGCACAACGAUUCAUCCAGUCAACUGCUUCAUGUCAGUCUGUAGAUCACGAUGAGAGCUUGUUUUCUGCGUAUAAGGACUCCCUGUGCAGCUUGGUGUUCUCAGCUCUGUCUGAAAGUAACUCCAGUCUGCAGAUCACGGCCGCCUCGGUGCUCACCUCUCUGGCCCAACAACCAGGUCUGCUGCUGGACUCUGACAUCGAGCUCGCCGUGGACCACCUGACCAGGCUGCUGCUGACGGAUGAGGAUGAGAGAGUCAGUGUGGCUGUGGUGGAGUGCGCCGGAGCCUUGGCCGAGCGGCACCCUGCUGCCUUCAUCACCAAACUGAUCCCAACGCUGAAGAAGGAGAUGCUUUCUGACCGAAGAGAGUCGUCUGAGCUGCAUUCCCAUCAUGCAGUGCGUCAGCGCUGCCUGUCCGUGCUGGCUGCAGUGUCCGUCCAGGCCAGCGUCGUCAUGGAGGGCGCGCCCAUCCUCCUGGACGUCCUCGGCUCGGCACACGCUGAUCCUGAUCGUUUCUCCGUGGACGAGGUGGUGCGCGCCUGCCUGAGCUUGCAGAGGAUAGCAGAGCGGGUUCAGGACGGCGAGGACACGAGCCGAUGCUUUCAUGACGUCAUCGUCCCACGCCUGCUUUCUCUGGCGCUCCAAGCUGCGCUGCAAAACGACGGGUCAUCUGGGCGUCGUAGUCCGCUGGUAGAGGAGGAGGUCCUGUCUGCCAUGGUUCCUGUUAUCAGCACCACCUUCUCUCGCCUGCAAACGUUUGCAGAACAGACGGCCUCCAGGGCCGUGUCUCUCUUUCUGGACGGAGACGUCUCGUUUCUGCCCGACAACUCCUUCCCACCGCGCGUUCAGCUGCUCCAGCAGCAGCAGGAGGAGUCAUCAUGGCGUCAGACCCAGUUGGUGUGUCUACUCAUGGCCUGUGUGUGUUCGUUACCUCGCAGCGUGGCGCUAUCCCAGGAGGAGCGGCUGCUCUCGGAGCUGGAGGAGCUGAGCUGCAGCUGCAGACACCCGUUCUCCUACACGUCGGCUGCCAAGUGCUUUGCCGGCCUGGUCAACAAGAAGCCUCAAGGGCCUUCUCUUGACAGUUUAAUUCAGGGAGUGAUAAAGAGAGUGAGCAGUGAGUUGGACCGACCCUCCUCCCCUCUGCGCACUCAGGCCUUCACACUUCUGAUCUGGGUUGCCAAGGCUCUGCUGCUACGAUACCACCCUUUAUUUUCAGUGCUAACCGACAAGCUCUUCACUCUGCUCGACGACGCCCUCCUCGGCCCAAUGGCUGCUGACAGCUUCUCGCUACUGAUGAGCGACUCUGCCGACGUGCUGAACCGCGGUUGCCACGCCGACGUCCGCAUCAUGUAUCGGCAGCGCUUCUUCAGCGAGAAUUCUGCCAAGCUGGUGCAGGGCUUCAACGCUGCGCCACAAGAGAAGAAAGCCAACUACCUGAAGGCUCUGUCCAACAUCGUCAACAAGUUGCCGAAGCAGGUCCAGGUGUCUGAGCUGCCCGCUCUCCUGUCUCUGCUGCUGGAGGCCUUGACCUGUCCCGACGAGGGCGUCCAGCUGUCCACUCUGUCCUGCCUGCAGCCCGUCCUCAUAAACCCCCCGCAGGUCCUGGUCCUGCAGCUGGAGGCCCUGGUCAGCCGGCUGCUGGCCCUUAUUGGCAGUCCAGCCAUGAAAAUCCGCAUGGCCUCCAUACGAUGCGUUCUCACUCUCUCCCGUUUCCCGGCUCACGAGGUGUUGCCAUUCCGGUCGCGCGUUCUGCGAGCGUUGGCUCCGCCCCUGGAUAACAGGAAGCGGCUGGUGAGGAGAGAGGCGGUCCAGGCCAGAGCGGAGUGGUUCCUGUUAGGAAGCCCUGGUGGAAGGUGAUCUCUGUUUGUCCAUACAAACCUCCAGGACCAAGUAGCAGAGCAGAGAACUGCCUCCCUUCUCCUCCUCCAUUCAGGAAAGUGUUUGCUUCAGUGGUCUGAUUGCACACGCACACGCACACACACACACACACACACACCCCUACACACACACACACAGCUUGGUGAAGCAUUUCAUGGAUCCAUGAUUGUGUCUGAGGGCAGGUCAGCCCUGACUGGAGGCUUCACCAGGAGCCAUGCAGCGGGUCACAGACGCUGCCGUCUGAAUUUUAUAAAUCACAACUUAUGCAGAGAACCAAGCCACACAGUAUCUGUUGUUUUUGUUUGUUUGUUGUUUUUUUUUCUAUUUUGGAUGAAAUGUCAUGAAGCUGAAGACAUUUUAGUCAGUGCUUCACUGUUGAACAUGGCUGGUUGUUCAUACAAACCUUUUUAUUACUAUUGUUAUUAUUUUAUUAACUAAGAAGCAGUAAAGCAGUUUGGGUUGCAGUGAUCCAUAGAUUCCUUCUUUUCUGUAUUUUCAGCUCAUGUCGGCUGAUAAGCUUCAGAGUUGAACUUUUAUUUAAGCCCUGUGCAGCUUUCACCUCUCACCUCUCACACUGACAGCCUGCGCCGUUGCUCUGAAUGUUUAGGACGUUUGAACGGAUUCCGUAUGAAUCCUCCGACACACAAAUGGAGAUUGUUGUACUUCUCAAAGGUUUUGUGUGGACUCACACGGGGAGUGUUAUUCGUUUGCCUUGUUUUCUGUCGAUAUUUAAACGUGGUUGUUGUGUGAAGGUUGCCGUCGAGUCGGUGAGAAUGUUUGGACCUCAAAAAGCUCUGCCAAGGAAAUACGGUGCCUCGCAAAAGUAUUCACACCCCUUGGACUUUUCUCCUUAGCCAAACUUUAAUGAUGUUUAUUUUUCUGUUAGAGCAACAAAAAAUUAGUGCAUUAUUUUGAAAUGAACAGUUUUCAACUUUAAAAUAAAUAAAUAAAUAAAAGUCAGAGGCCAUCUUUCUCAACAGUCAAGUUAGCGUUAGCUUGCUUUACUGUAUUACCACAGAUUCUCAUUUACAUGGCUGGUUCUAGGUGGGGGGCUAUGGAGGGUCAGUGCCCCGGCAGAACUGGAUCUGGACCCUGUACUGAAGAUAUUAUACUGAUUAAUUUACUUAUGGUAAUAUGUGCUGACAUAGAAACUGUAACUAAUUGUUUCCUUUGACCAGUUUUAUUUUUUUCUCUUCACAGUUUUUACUUUAUCAAUACAUUAAAAAUGAAGGUGUUUCAGCCACUGUGAGAUAUCAUCAGGGCUCUGAAACCUGCAGUUCAAGAGCUAAUCAAUCCCGCCGGGUUUUCAUAAAUUUUUUAUUUAUUUUCUAAUCAAAAUGACCUGUUUUUGGUGCUAAUUUACAAAUAUUUGCAAUGAAUUUCCUGAUAUUGUUGCCUAUGUAUGACAGUAAAUCAGACUUUUUGUUUCUUGCCGUAUCACUCAUGGACUAUAGCACGAGUAAGGCUGAUGCAGCUAAAGAUGAUACUUUAGCACGAGUAAAGAUGAUACUGCCAUCUUCUCCUGCAGAUGGCAGUAGAAGAAAUACUGCCAUCUGCAGGUGUGAGUUAGCAAUCACUUAAAGCCAAUGUUUUUGACUGUUUUUGUGAAAAAUUUGCAUUAAACUCACAACUGUGCAUUUGCGCAAAAUAAGGGUCUGAUUUCUGAAUUGCUUUUAUGUUCAUUUCUACGAUUGCCGAAUCACACAAAAAAAACUGGAGCUGCUUAAUAUAUUAAACGGUGAAAUAUUUCAGAGUGUUUUUUGGUUUUCAUGUAUUUGUUCUGGCCCCCGCCCUGGCCCCCUGGUAAAUAUCGUCUAGAGCCGUCACUGCUCUUUGGACUUUGACUGGGCCAUUUUCCGUUUUUUUGUGUAAAACCUGAAGUUACUAAGACUGCCACGUUAGGAACAUUGUUGGAUAUGAAAAAUGUUGACUAUGGAACCAGCUGGACUUUUUCUUGACUACAUAAAGUAUUUCAUUGUUACAGUGGCGUGGCCAUUAGCCCCGCCCACUCAGCGUCUCAGUUAUGUCAUGUGAAGGGUUAGCCUCAAUAACAUGGAUAGGCUUCGAUCUGAACCGCUACAUCAAAUUUCCAUUAUUAAUUAUUUAACUUCCAUAAUUCUACUCAGUAUUGUUGCUCUUCCGCGUUUUUAUUUUAUUAUUUUUUUGACUCCGUCUCUCAAGACGGCGAGACGAAAGGUUGAAAGUUUGUGAAUACUUCUGCGAAGCACUGUAGACAAUGACUAAUGUCUAACUUUGUUUUAAUAAAACUCUUCUUUGU